CUCAGACGAAUCAGCAGCAACAUGUUCAAGCUUUUCCUUAGCCUUUUUGUCCUGUGCCUGGCUGGCGCUUUGGCGGCACCCGCUGACAAAUAUCCCACGGCACCGCCAGUGGCCAUUCUGGAAUCGGGCAAUGAGAAGAGUCAAGAUGGAUCCUAUCAUUUCUUCUACCAGAACGAGGAUGGCACACAUCGCGAGGAGACCGCUGUGGUCCACAAUCCUGGCACUGACGAUGCAUAUCUGGCAAUAACUGGCUCCUAUACGUACAUUGAUCUGGAUGGCAAGGAGAACGUGGUUAAUUACAAGGCCGAUAACCAUGGCUUUGUGCCCGAGGGCAACAGCAUCCUGCCCCAGAUCUCCUUGUCAGCCAAGCAGGCCAGUGAACUGCAGCCGGUUCCAGAUACAGACUACAAGCAACCGCCAAGGUUUUAAGCUCUAAUAAUAAAAUAUACUUCAAAAAGAAAA